CCACUAAUUCCAUUAUACAUUAACCAAAAGAUCAUGUGAUUUUAUCACGUUGUUUGUAGAUUAGUAUUUCAUUAAAUAAAUUGAUUUUAUGAGAAAUAUGUUACUCAAAACUUGUAAAAGCUUACUUAUAAAUUUAAUCCGUCAUUACGUAGUACACGUAAUUAACAAUGCCUGGUGGGUUGAAUUAAGAAAUGUGAAAGCUGUGCCUAUAUGUAUUUAUCCGAUUUUUUUUUUUGAACUUAAGUUAUCCGAUUUGUUGCUGCAUUAUAUAUUAUUAAGAUCGUAACAAUUAACGAGGAAAAGACUCAAGAGAGAGAGAGAGAGAGAGAGAGAGAGAGUCAUGGAGACGAUUGUUAAGGUAGCUUAUGACGCAUCCGUGAAGACAGUUUUGACGUUGUUGGAGAAGAAUCUGUUACCAGAUGUUGUCAUAAGGAGGCUGACGCGGCUGCUUCUCGCCGGUCGACUUCGUUCCGGUUACAAACCUACGGCGGAGCUGCAACUUUCCGAUCUCCUCCGUUUCGUCAACUCUAUAAAAGAGAUGCCUAUAGCUAUCAAUACCGAGAAGCCAAAGACUCAACACUAUGAAUUACCAACGGCUUUCUUCGAACUUGUUCUUGGAAGAAACAUGAAAUACAGCUCUUGUUACUUCUCAAACGAUUCAAGUAGCUUAGAAGAUGCAGAGGAAGCAAUGCUGGCUCUAUAUUGCCAAAGAGCUAAAGUUGAAGAUGGACAAAGUGUUCUUGACGUUGGAUGUGGCUGGGGGUCUUUGUCCUUGUACAUUGCCCGCAAGUACAGCAACUGCAAGAUAACAGGUCUAUGCAACUCAAAAACACAGAAAGCAUUCAUCGAUGAGAAAUGCCGGAAACGUGGGAUUCAAAAUAUUGAAAUAAUUGUUGGCGAUAUUAGCACUUUUGAGCAUGAAGGGACAUAUGACCGAGUACUCUCCAUCGAAAUGUUUGAGCAUAUGAAAAACUAUGGAGAGCUUCUGAAGAAAAUUGGAAGGUGGAUGAAGGAAGAUGCUCUUCUGUUUGUUCACCAUUUCUGCCAUAAGACUUUUGCUUACCACUUUGAGGAUGUGAAUGAUGAUGACUGGAUCACAAGACACUUCUUCAGUGGAGGAACAAUGCCAUCGGCUAAUCUUCUCCUCUACUUUCAAGAAGAUGUUGCGAUUGUGGAUCAUUGGCUACUGAAUGGGAAUCAUUAUGCAAAGACCAGUGAGGAGUGGCUGAAGAGAAUGGACAAGGAGAUAGUUGCAAUAAAGGAAAUAAUGGAAAUGACUUAUGGGAAAGAGGAGGCAGUGAAGUGGAUGGUUUACUGGAGAACCUUCUUCAUAGCGGUUGCUGAGCUUUUCGGAUACAGCAAUGGAGAAGAGUGGAUGGUUUCUCACUUCCUCUUCAAGAAGAAGUGAUUCUAUAUCUUUCUUCUCUUAAUAAUCAGUUCUUGAAUUCGUGAGUGCCAAAUAAAGAAUAAAGACAUUCUCCUUCAACUUUGAUUUCCUUCUAAGUAAUAGAUUCGUAUGCUUUCCUAUUUUUUUUUAAAAAGUUGCUCAACGGAACUGUUUCAAAGAGACAAAUGUAAUGGUGAAACAUAAAGUAUCAUCGAACUGGAUUCUUUUGAA